AUGAGGAUUCAGCGUGCCACUCGGGUGCGACGGGGAAGACGCUAUCGGAUCCUUGGGCCAAUGAUCUGGGACUGGGUCGAUGACAUCAUGCGAGAUUGGGGAUGCGUGGAGGGUGGGGAGGACGAGCAAACAAGUGUUGUGCAAGAUGCUUCGUCACAGCCCCCACACGCCCCCGAUACACCGGUCGUGCUUCGGAGAACCCAAGCCACUGCGGUCGGCGACGAUACACCCACUCCCGAUUCGACACCACGGAAGCGACGCCGUACAGGCGAAACGUCCCGGCCGCUCGCGCAGCAUGCCAUAUUCGGCGUGUUUGACUUUCCUGACCUGAGGCAAAACCACUGCAAGGAGGAGAACGCAGCGAAAUACCUUUUUUACGGGCUGCAAAUCCCUGAUCUCUUCAUGCAGCGCGUGCAGUCCAACAUGACAUGGUCACUCUUCUGCCCCAACGAGGCCCCUGGCCUGGCGGACUGCUGGGGGGAGGAGUUUGAGGCGUUUUACCCUAGAUACGAGAGGGAGUCUUUCGCUGCCUCAGGGCUGAGCCAAGCGGGUGAUACCGUCGCAGAAGCUCUGGUUUGCCAUCGAGACGGGCUUUCCCUACACGCUAUUCAAA